GAGUCAUAAGCAGCAGAGGACACCAGGCAGAGCCUGUGCUGUCAGAGCCUGGCCCAGCCUGUGGGAACAAGCACACAUGGCCACAGGGAAGGAGUGGAGCUGUCCCAUCUGCUGCGAUGCACGAGACGACGUCGCUUACGCAAUGCCCUGUGACCACCGAUUCUGCCUUGGCUGCAUCCUGCGUUGGGCAGAGAGAAACCCUGCCUGCCCGCUCUGCAGAAGAUCCAUCUUGACAGUGAAGUUUUCUGAUCGGGGUGGAGAUGACUACCUACAUUGUGUCAUCACUCCUCCCAGAGAGUUGCCAGAGACCAGCAGCCAGGCAGCAGAAGCUCCUAGAGGCCUGGCUGAAAACAGAACCCAUGGGCCUGCAGAUCCCCUUGCUUCCUCUCCACAAGGAAUAACAGCCCCUGCUGAGCAGCAGGCUGCUGGACCAGAGGCUGUGGGCGGCAUCCUGCCCGAGCUUUGGGCAGAACUUUUCCGAAGACGGCGGAACCUCCUGAACCCCGUGCGGCCAUGGCUGCGCCAGGGGCUGGAGAUGAUUUAUGGGGGGGAGUGGUACCAGGUGAAGAGUGCAGAGAGCGGCAUCGUGCUCGCACUCUGUGUCUAUGGCCCAGACAGGGAAGUCUUGGUCCAGAGACUGCAGCCCCGUCUCCAGCAGUACACUGCUUCACUGGUCCAUGGCAUCCUCAACAUCAUUGAGACACAGUGCAGCGAGGAGGUUCGGAGGCUUCGGCACUCUCACACCGUCAGGGAGGAGGAUGAGAUCCCUGCUGCCAGCUCUGAUCCCCCUGCCUCCCAGGAAGGUGCUCCCACCCUCAGCCAGGCCCCAUCCAGUGGCACUGCAAAUUUCCAUGUGGAGGAAGAAGCCAGCACAUCGGAGACUGCCCUCCAUGGACAUCCCAGCCACUCCCCGUCUGUGUCCAGCCCUGCAGAGCAGGAAGAGCCCCAGGAAGAGCUGGGGGAGACAAGAGUGGCUGCAGGUUCCUCUGCUCCUGGCCAGGGCAGUGACCCCUCACCUGCGACAUCCCAGCGGUGCCGGAAGAGGAGGACCCGUGGGUCCCCAGAGGCCUCCCAUUCCAGCAAGAGGCAGCGCCGUGAGCAGCUCUAGAAAGCCUUUAGCACACAGCAAGUGCAGCAAGCCUUUACUCAA